UCGACGCGCCACAUCGAACGAGCAACAACGCUCAGAUACAAAGAUACGUUCGUUCGUUCGCUCGCGACCAGCGACAGAUUCCGAGAGCAGCGUUGCGUAUGACGCGUGAAUCGCGUAGAGUUUAUUCCCACACUUCCCCCACAAUAAACGCGUAGCAGUGCAGUGUCACACAUCCAUCCAUCCAUCCAUCUAUCCAAACAUCCAGCGAUGACAGUGCCCGGGCAGCUUUGAGAUCAGCGAUCGAGACCACAGAGAGAGCGAUCGAGAGCAGCGGCAAGGCAAGGCGGAUCCGCCGACGGCAAAACGAUAAAGUGAACGCGGCUCAGCUGGCAGUUGCGGUGCAGCCACAACAAUAACAAUAACAAUAACAAUAACGAUCGCAACGGUAACGGUUAACGGUGAACGGUGAACAUGGAGCGAGUCCUGCGCGCAUGACAAGCAAAAAGUCGCCGAGAUCCCGCCCGGUCCUGGGACAGAGGCCUGUCAAAAUAUUAGAGUACUCCCCCGCCCCACACACACAACCCCCCUACAUAAAACAGUGCAAUGAUCAAAAGUUAACAAACAAAUAAACAAAACAAAAAGGAUACAAAGUCAAAAAGAGAGCGAGAGAAGAGAGUGAGGAGCGGCAGCGAAAGUGCUUAACGGUCACAAAAGUUCCCUUGAUGAAAAAUCACCUGUCCAACGUGCUGUGUGCAAUGCGUAGUGACUUCAAGGAUAAUCACCAGGAGACCAUCAAUAAAAUGAUACAAUUUGGCACCGUGAAAUAUGGCAUUGUCAAACAGCUGAAGGAUCGCGCUCGAAGCGCCGACAAAGAUACUGGCAGCGAUCAGGAGGAGAAUGGAGCCUGCUCGCCACUGACCACGGCCACGACGACAGCCAGUCCCGAGCCCGAGGAGGAACAGGAGCAGCAGCAGCAGCAGCAGCAGGAGGAAGCUGAGCAAAGAGCGGCAGAGCAGAUCGAUGAGGAGGAGCAGCCCAUUGAGGAUAACAACAACAAAGUGGUCAUGACCAAGCCCAGCUCAGAGCUGGAGCUGGAGCACUCCCACUCCCACUCCGAGUCCCAGUCCAGGCCACAGUCGCCCUCGGUCAACACAGAGGAGGCAGCGACGGCGGCCAGUCCGGCAGCUGUGGCGCCCGAGAAGGACCUCGAAGUGGACGUGGAAAUGCCAGAGACGAGAACCUCGGCAGCGGCAGCCACUGGGGAGGAGCCUGCGGUGGGUGUGGGCGCCACGCCCGUGACCCUGGAGGCCAUUCAGAACAUGCAAAUGGCCAUUGCCCAGUUCGCGGCCAAGACCAUUGCCAACGGCUCGACGGGGGCGGACAAUGAGGCGGCCAUGAAGCAGCUGGCCUUCCUGCAGCAAACGCUCUUCAAUCUGCAGCAGCAGCAGCUCUUCCAGAUUCAGCUCAUCCAGCAGCUGCAGUCGCAGUUGGCGCUGAACCAGGCCAAGCAGACGGAGGAGGACGCAGACGAGGAGGAGGAAGGGGAAGGGGAAGCGGAAGCGGAGGACGUGGAGCCGGAGGAGGAGACGGACACGUACGAGGAGGAGGAGCGCAUCGCGGACAUGGAACUCAGGCAGAAGGCGGAGGCACGCAUGGCCGAGGCCAAGGCCCGGCAGCACCUGAUCAACGCUGGAGUUCCGCUCCGCGAGUCCUCCGGCUCCCCAGCGGAGUCCUUGAAGCGUCGCAGGGAACAGGAGCAGCAGCAGCAGCAGGAGGAGGAGGAGGAGGAAGCUGCUGCCAUGCGGCGACCCCCCAGCAGUCGUCGCCUGAGCGCGGAGCUGGUCCACAAGGAGAGCGCCCAGGAGGCGCUGGCCAAGCUCAAGGACAUGGAGAACAUGCCGCUGCCCUUCGGCUCCGACCUGGCCUCCAGCAUCAUCACGCACCACGACGAUCUGCCGGAGCCCAACUCCCUCGAUCUGCUGCAGAAGCGCGCCCAGGAGGUGCUCGACUCGGCCUCGCAGGGCAUCCUGGCCAACAACAUGGCCGACGACUUCGCCUUCGACAAGUCCGGCGAGGGCAAGAGCCGCAAUGAGCCCUUCUUCAAGCACCGCUGCCGCUACUGCGGCAAGGUCUUCGGCUCCGACUCCGCCCUGCAGAUCCACAUUCGCUCCCACACGGGCGAGCGGCCCUUCAAGUGCAACGUCUGCGGCAGUCGCUUCACCACGAAGGGCAACCUCAAGGUGCACUUCCAGCGGCACGCCCAGAAGUUCCCCCACGUGCCCAUGAAUGCCACGCCCAUACCGGAGCACAUGGACAAGUUCCAUCCGCCGCUGCUGGACCAAAUGUCGCCCACGGACAGCUCGCCCACCCACUCCCCAGCGCCGCCCCACGCUCCCACGGGCUGUGGCUCCGCUGCUGCCCCGCCCACCGCCAUGCCCGCCUUCCCUGGCUUGCAGGGCCUGUACCGCCCGCCCAUGGAGAUUCUGAAGUCUUUGGGCGCCGCCGCUGGAGGCCCUCAUCCGUUCUUCCCGCAGAUGCCAGGCUUGGGCGCCUCCAGCGACAUGCCCACGGACCUGCGCAAGUCCUCGGGUCCGAGUUCGCCGCGCCAGGAGCAGGAGCAGGAGCAGGAGGAUGAGGAGAUGUCUGGUCGCAUGCCUGUGAAGACAGAGCUCAUGGAGGAGGACAAGGAGGAGGCGGCGGAUGCCUCCGCCAACGAACGCGAGGAAGCGGAACCCGAGCCGCAGCCACUGCCGCUGGAGGUGCGCAUCAAGGAGGAGCGCCUCGAGGAGGAGCAGCAGCAGUCCCAGCAGCAGCAGGAGGAGGAAGCGGAGCAGCAGCUGGAGGUGCGCCGCACACCGUCGCCGAGAGUGCGAUCCCCGCCAGUGAAUCAUCAUCGCAGCCAUCACCAUCAGCAGCAGCAGCAGCACCAUGGACAUCAUGGCCAUCACGGCUAUCCGCCGGUGGUGCAGCCCAUCCAGCCACCCGCGCUGAUGCACCCACAGCAGCCUUCGCCCGGCUCCCAGUCGCAUCUGGACCAUCUGCCCACGCCGGGCCAGCUGCCGCCCAGCAUGCCACAUCGCGAGGACUUCUUCGCGGAGCGUUUCCCCCUCAACUUCACGACCGGGAAGACGCUCUCGCCGGAGCACAACUCGCCCAUCCGCUCCCCCGCCCAUGCCCAUGCCCAUGCCCACGGACAUCCGCACCACGCCCACAUGGCGCGUUCGCCCUUCUUCAACCCGAUCAAGCACGAGAUGGCCGCGCUGCUGCCGCGGCCCCACAGCAACGACAACUCGUGGGAGAACUUCAUCGAGGUGUCCAACACCUCGGAGACCAUGAAGCUCAAGGAGCUGAUGAAGAACAAGAAGAUCAGCGACCCCAACCAGUGCGUCGUCUGCGACCGCGUCCUGUCCUGCAAGAGCGCCCUGCAGAUGCACUACCGCACGCACACGGGCGAGCGGCCCUUCAAGUGCCGCAUCUGCGGCCGCGCCUUCACCACGAAGGGCAACCUCAAGACGCACAUGGCGGUGCACAAGAUCCGGCCGCCCAUGCGCAACUUCCACCAGUGCCCGGUGUGCCACAAGAAGUACUCGAACGCCCUCGUCCUGCAGCAGCACAUCCGCCUGCACACGGGCGAGCCCACGGACCUCACCCCGGAGCAGAUCCAGGCGGCGGAGAUACGCGAUCCGCCGCCCUCCAUGAUGCCGGGACACUUCAUGAAUCCCUUUGCGGCGGCCGCCUUCCACUUUGGCGCACUGCCAGGGGCACCCGGAGGCCCACCAGGAGCCCUGCAUGGAGCGCACAACGGCGCCCUCGGCUCGGAGUCGUCGCAGGGCGAUCUGGAGGACAACAUGGACUGCGGGGAGGACUACGACGAUGAUGUGUCCUCGGAGCAUCUGUCCAACAGCCACCUGGAGCAGGAGGGCGGCGGGUCGGAGCGUCCCCGCUCCGGGGAUGACUUCAAGUCGCUGCUGUUCGAGCAGAAGCUGCGCAUCGAUGCCACGGGCGUGGUGAACACCCAUCCCCAUCCCCAUGCCCACCCGCCCGCGCGGCCACGCUCCUCCGCCUCCAGCAAUGGCAACUCCGGGGGCUCCGCCUCGGCGCCCACCAGCCCCACCUCCCACCAGUCGCAUCUGGCCGCCAAGCCGAGCUCCUCGUCCACGCGCGCCAGCAGCCCCGCUCGAUCGGAGGCGUCGCAGGGCGCCCUGGAUCUGACGCCACGCGCGGCGCCACAGCCACCGCCGACGGCGGCAGCUUCGGCCUCCUCCUCCAGCUCCCGCUCGCCGCUGCUGCCCAAGGAGAAGCCCAUCAGUCCGCCGCAGUCGGCACGGAGUCCGCCCAACGGCCCUCCGCAGCCGCCUCCGCCCCCAUCGAUGCUCUCCUGCUCGCCGCUGCCCCCCUCGGUGGCCAUUGACUGCCUGCCCCCGGGACUGCAGCACCACCUGCAGCAGCAGCACCAGCACCUCAUGCAGCAGCAGGCGGCAGUGGCAGCAGCAGCCGCCGCACAGCAUCACCACCAUCAGAUGCAGCAGCACGCGGCAGCGCUGCACCAGCACCAGGAGCAGCUGCGACGCGAGGCGCAGGAGGCGCAGCAGAAGGCAGCGGCAGCGGCAGCGGCUGCAGCGGCGGCACAGCGCCAGAGCUCCCCACAGCCCCCGUCCCGCUCCAGCGAGGUGCCCGCGGGUCCGCCCAAUCCGCUGAUGGGCGCCCGUCCGCCCUUCGGCAUGUUCCCCAACCUACCGCUCUUCCCGCCCUCCACGACGCAGAACAUGUGCAACGCGAUGAAUCAGAUAGCCCAGUCCGUGAUGCCGGCGGCGCCCUUCAAUCCGCUGGCCCUGAGCGGCGUGCGGGGCAGCACCACCUGCGGCAUCUGCUACAAGACAUUCCCCUGCCACUCGGCGCUGGAGAUUCACUACCGCAGCCACACCAAGGAGCGGCCCUUCAAGUGCAACAUCUGCGAUCGCGGCUUCACCACAAAGGGCAAUCUGAAGCAGCACAUGCUGACACACAAGAUCCGGGACAUGGAGCAGGAGACCUUCCGAAAUCGUGCAGUAAAAUGAGUGAAUGGAGCUCUGAUCGCGAAUAAAUAGAACCUCAAUCAGCUAUCAAGCACGAUCAGCAUGGAUGAGCGAUCUCCCUGCCGAUAUCUGGAUCACUUUCCUCCCAGAAGGCUGGACUGGCUGAUUCAGUCAAGAUGCAAUCGAUUCUCGCAACCAAAAUGAUCUCAAGGUUUACAGAAGGAGCGAGUGAGAGAGGGAGAGGGAGAGGGAGAGGGGCACGCUGGUCGAUGAUCAGUUUUGUGUACACAAAGAAAGAAAAUCGUUUAUAUUUAUAAAUUGUUGGCCACAAAAAUAUUAUUUGAUUGUUGGUUCCCCCAAAGAGAAAAGCGAAUGCCAAUCGAUUCCUGAAGCACACGCAAAAUUUCAUAAACAAUUUUUUAUGAGCUGGCUAGAGGGAGUGCUCCCGCACAGACAAAAAUACACCUAAAAUAACCAUACUAAAAAGGCGAUCAUGAAACGUAUCCAAAGAUGCAUCAAAAGCAAUUUGUGUUCCAGCUAAGACCUGGGCCAUGGAACCCAACAAAACUGCUUGCUAGAGAAGAGACUGAUAGCGUUUCAUGUUCCGACAAAAAAGGAAAAACUAAAUAAAAAAUAAACUAAAAACGGAGGCAGAUGGAUGGAUACUCCGCCUGGGUAUCUGUAUCUGCAGCAGCUGAAGAGUCGAAGGCGUAGUAAAAUCAAAAUUCGAAUUUAAAGAGCAUCAACUUAAUGCUAAAAUAUAAAUAUAAAUAUAAAUAUAAAGGGGUACCUAAGCGAUUCAAGCAAGACAGGCAGACAUAUAUGAUAUAUUGGAGUAAUGAUAACCGAAUUCCCCCUCACGAAAACACAAACAAACCAGCAAACAAUCGCCCGGACACACGUUGGUAUGUGUGUUAAUAAUCCAUUUGGAAUGUGCAAUAAUAUGACACGCUAUAAAUUGUAGAUGCUUUUGUUUCCUACUACUCGUAAAUUAGUUUUUAUUCUUUCCACCUCGUGUACAUAGCCACCAUAAAUAUAUACGCUAUAAAUACUAUAUGCUAAUCAUAUUUCGAAAUCCAAAAUGCUUUGCUCUCGAGAAAUGGAUUUAGGUAUGAAAACAAAAUGGGAAAAUCGAAAAAAAAACACAAAACAAAAACUAAGAUUUAUAUAUGAGAAAUUGUGAUAUUAAAUGUAACAAAAAAAUGUGUAAAAAAUAUUAUUGAUUGCUUUCCAUAUCACAGAUGAACAGAGAACCCACAAAAGAUAUAUCUAAUAACAUUCGUAGUUAAUUUAGUCGUUAGACGAGACACAAACAAAAACCCAAACUCUAAUUUCACUUCACAGGAAGGCAGGCAGGAAGCGCCCCCUAGUUAUAAGUAUGUUUAUGUGGAUGACAUCUAACUUAUAGUCUCUAUAAGCAUAGUCUCA